AGGAAGUUCAUGUUCACUGUCAGUCAUUCAUGAAUAUGUUUAGUAGAAAGACUAUUUUGCAUAGCUUUACGAAACUAUUGAAAUCAAAGUUCACCCAUUGCAGUAAACAGGUUUUGAGAAGUGAAAGGCCCAUUGUGGUGAACGGCAAUGCUAUUUACACCGAGGAAAAUAGUGUGAGGUUUUCACUAAACACAGUCGAGAAGUAAACCUCCAUUUCAUAAAGUGUCUUCUCCGUCUUUGCUUUUGAUUGCAAUUGACUUUCCAACAAUCAUGGGUCGAGGUCGCUGGUUGAUUCAUCUGUUGCUGAUGUGUUCUCUGGGCACGACACGUACAGCAGUCAAUGCACAGAUUUUGACAAUCAGUAGAGAAACACCACCAGAGGGUCAUCCUGUUGUAGAGGGUAACGAAGUAGAACUACAGUGUGAAGUUGUUGGUUUAUUGGCAGGUUAUUUCAUUGAAUGGACGAGGUUCGUCUUCGUGGACGGUCAGGUGGUCAUUGCCCGGAAUGAAUUGAGUUUGGAUUCGAGAUACACGCUUGCUGCAACGUUGACUGUGGGCUCAAUUAAGACUGAGCUCAUUAAAUUUACUGCUAUCAAAGAGGACUCUGCAGCGACUUACGGUUGUCGACUGAGUAACUCUUCUGGAAUGAUAAUCACUGCAGCAAUAGAAAGAAAUAGUCUCUCUUUUACAGUGGUUGAUUUCCCAUCGGCCAUCUGCAUCCCUAAUGGUCCACAAGAAGGAACGACAGUAAAUAUAAGCUGCACAACUGAGGUCGGGAACCCAUCGGGAACGAUGCAGAUUCUUACGAGUAGUGUCUUCUAUGUAUGGGAUUACGAUAAAGAACAAGUGACAUCAUUACAACUGAGUGUUACUGCAGUUGAUGACGGUGGUUCUUAUCAAUGUAAAAUCAACCCAGACUCCACAGGUACGACACUAUUCACAGGAAUGAACAGGUCAUGUACGAUCGGACCAAUAGAUGGUGGUCAAAUGACAACUCCACAACAACCGAUGUCAUCAGUAGAACCAACUUCAAUAGACUCUCACCGCACCAUGACCGUUCAACCGUCACGCAAACCAACUACUAACCAAGCUAACUUUGAUAUGUCUUAUUGCCAGCUUUGUCAAACCUAUCCCACCACGACCAAUACAUCUAACGUGGUUGGUACACCGUGGCUCGUAGCCUUCCUCACCAGUCUCAUCCUCUUCAUUGUCUCUCUCAUCAUCAACAUCUUCCUCCUCAUCAAUCAUCGACAUCUUAAGAUCACCAAGGAGAAGGAAACCAAUGUAGCCAAAGCUGAUCCCUACAUGGAGCUGCAACCGACAGAGGACAAGAAUAAAGUCUAUAUGGAACCUACUACGGCUACAUCAACACAACACAGCUAUUACCAACCAGGUAAAGUAGAGACAGACAGCCAUGAGUAUGACUACGCUCGGCCAGAUGGCAGCACUAGCACCGACUAUGAAGCGGUCAGCAAGCCACAUAAUUCAGUUGAGCGACCAUAUCAGAACAUCAAAUCCUAAACAACUACUCCGAUCUCCACCUACCCUCUAUGCGUGAAUUGUAAUAAAACUCUGCGAAUCUAGAGUGUUUGGUGAUUAUGAGCAAAGUGUAUUUUAUUUGAAUAGUCACGGAGAGGAGGAUUGGAGACGCUGUUUUUGAAACUCCUUCUUAAAUCCCGACAUAAACAGUUUGUUGGUUUUUGUGUAUAUCUGAUUUGUGUAGCAUAAGACUGUUUGCUUUUCACAUUUUUUCCCCAUUAUUUGUUUUGUGGAAUAAGAAAUAUGUCCCCUCCCUUUCAUUCAAUUUAAUCCUUCUCAUUGUUGUAUUAUAAAAGAUUUUACCAUCGUAAGGUAUUCCAGUAUACGGUAUAAGGGGUAAUUCAGAUAUAACUUUAAACAAAUGAUUUUUUUUUGUUUAAAAUCUUGUUUUCGUUUUCGUUUUUUAAAUGAUGAAUGGCUCGUAUAAUACAAUCUUUAAAGGCAGUGGACACCAUGGUUAUUACUCAAAAUAAUUAUUAUCAUGAAACCUUACUUGAUUACAAG